AUGAGUUACUCCAUGUUAGCUGUUGUAGGAUCCUUCACUUACCCGUCAACUUCAGCUCCAAAUCCAAAACUCUGCAACGCCACCCUACGCAGAAAAGAAUUCAUUUCUCUCUUAAAAAAUUGCAAAGACGCCAACCAAAUCCUCCCAAUACAUGCCAAAAUCAUCAGAACCGGCCAUGACCAAGACCCUUUCGUCCUCUUCCAGCUUCUAUGCCUCAGCUCCACUCUAUCCUCCGUUAAUUAUGCCUCCACCAUUUUUCAACAGGUCCGUAACCCAAAUGUCUUCCUCUACACAGCUCUCAUUGAUGGGUUUGUCUUGGUUGGUUCCUACUCUGAUGGGAUUCGCCUUUAUUAUCAAAUGAUUGAUCGGUUCAUUGUGCCGGAUAAGUAUGUUAUCACCUCCGUUUUGAAAGCUUGUGGGUAUCGUUUUGCUUUGAGGGAGGGAAAAGAGGUUCAUUGCCAAGCUUUGAAACUUGGGUUAAGCUCGAAUAGAUCGAUAACCAUGAAGCUGAUGGAAUUCUACGGGAAGUGUGGGGAAUUUGAUAAUGCGAGGAAAGUGUUUGAUAAAUUGACGGAAAGAGAUGUUGUUGCCUCAACAAUCAUGAUAAACUGUUUUCUAGACCAUGGGUUGGUCAAGCAGGCGGUUCAGGUUUUUGAUCGGGUAAGGGUUAAGGAUACUGUUUGCUGGACCGCGAUGAUUGAUGGGUUGAUUAGAAAUGGGGAGAUGAACAUGGCUUUGGAGUUGUUUAGGGAAAUGCAAAAAGACAAUGUGAAGCCUAACGAAGUUACAGUUGUUUGUGUUUUGUCCGCGUGCUCACAAUUGGGAGCGUUAGAGCUUGGAAGAUGGGUUCAUUCGUACAUUGGAAAACACCAUAGGAUAGAGCUUAAUCAUUUCGUGGGGGGUGCACUGAUCAAUAUGUAUUCGAGGUGUGGUGAUAUCGAUGAGGCUGAACGAGUUUUUGCAAUGAUGAAAGAGAGAAAUGUUAUUACAUACAAUUUAAUGAUUUCAGGGCUUGCUAUGCAUGGAAAGAGUAUUGAAGCUGUUGAUAUUUUUCGGGGAAUGAUUAAGCAAGGGAUUUUGCCAACUAGUGUUACCUUUGUUGCUGUUUUGAAUGCUUGUAAUCAUGGAGGCUUGGUCGAUUUGGGGUUUGAGAUGUUCCAAUCUAUGAGUAAAGAUUAUGGUAUUCCACCACAAAUAGAGCACUAUGGAUGUAUCGUUGAUCUUCUUGGUCGUGUAGGUCGUCUAAAGGAGGCUUAUAAUUUCAUUCAGAAUAUGGAAAUAGCACCUGAUCAUGUCAUGUUGGUGGCCUUGCUGAGUGCUUGUAAAAUUCACGGAAACCUUGAAUUAGGAGAACAGGUUGCAAGAAUUUUAAUUAAUCAUGGGGCUGUAGAUUCUGGCACUUACGUUCUGCUAUCAAAUGUCUAUGCUUCAUCAGGAAAAUGGAAAGAAGCAGCUCAAAUCAGGGCAAAGAUGAAGGAAGGUGGAAUCCUAAAAGAACCAGGUUGCAGCUCCAUUGAAGUGAAUAAUGAGAUACACGAGUUUCUUCUGGGAGACCUAAGGCACCCUCAAAAAGGAAAAAUAUAUAAGAAGUUAGAGGAGUUGAACCAAAUAUUAAAAGCAGGACAUACUCCAGCAACAGAUGUUGUUUUGCAUGAUAUAGAAGACUGGGAGAAAGAGCAGGCUUUAGCAAUACACAGCGAGAGGCUUGCAAUAUGCUAUGGUUUAAUCUCUACUAAACCAGGUACCACAAUAAGGGUUGUGAAGAACUUGAGGGUUUGUGAUGAUUGCCACUCGAUGAUCAAGCUCCUUGCUAUGAUUACUGGAAGGAAAAUUGUGGUGAGGGAUCGCAAAAGAUUCCACCAUUUUGAGAACGGGAAAUGCUCUUGUGGAGAUUACUGGUGAUUUAAAAUGGGGGAAAAAGAAAAGAAUCUUAAGCCUUACAUAGAGAUCUACGAGCAUGAAGGUUGAGUAAAGUUACAGUCUGGCCACCAUUGCUUGUAACAGUCGCGUCUCAACUAAAUGGCAAAACUAUCGUUUUUAUUCCUUAUAGUAACUCUUUUGAACAGAGGAAGCCUAUCAUGUAUACAAAUAAUCUGUAAAUAAGGUUUAUGUUGAAAGUUCUGUUGAAAAGGACGUUUGCUUAGGGUGAAGGUGGAGUAAUGCUCGACUUCUACGAUGGAGGACGGUCGAAAAAACAUGAAGUAGAUGGCAAUUUCAAACCUUAUAUGGGGGUAUCAGAUUUGAAUCUGAGGAGUCUGCUUCAAUUUGCUACAAUGCAUUCACCAAGCUCGUGGGAUUCAUUAUUCUAAUUGGUAAUUUUCUUGAUUCAGAUCUUGAUGGUUCAGUAAUCAGUCUUAGAUUGCUUUGUAACAAGGAUCAAGUAAAUAGUACGAAGAUAAUACAAACCAAGGGAGGGUUGUUGGCCCAUUAUUACGGUGAGGAAGUAUAAAUCAGGGAAAUGGAUUGUUACAGAACUUGAAGCGAAACAAAUCUCUCUUUAGGAAGAAUACUCUCUCCGUCCCAGAAAUAGGUUAGUGAUAAAAGCAUGUGAAGCCGACAAUUGCCUUCUAGUU